AUGCCGUCCCAAUCGCUGGCCUCGCUGCUCCAGCGAGCGUCCAUUGAUGAUCACGAGGAGGUCUUGCAGUCAUCGAACGAAACCCUCGCGAAGUCCAAGUCCGAUAUCCACGCCCAGCAUGUCAAAGUAGUCGCCCUGUUGAAACUCGACCGCUAUGAAGACUGUCUGCGCGUGUUUGAAGAGGCCGGAGACAAAUUGAAGAGCAGGGCGGCUGUGGAAUACGCUUAUGCCCUCUACAAAUGUAGUCGGCUGGAGGAGGCGAUUGAUGUGGUGUCGCAGGUAGCCAACGAUCGCGGCGCGCGUCAUCUCGAGGCUCAGGUGACGUAUCGUGCCGAAAAGUUUCGUCGCACUGCGGAACUAUACGAGGCCCUGGCCGAUGACAAGUCGGCCAUUGCAGUCGAAGAGAACGACCUCCGGAUCAACGCCUGGGCCGCCGACGCACAGUUACAGUGGAAGGGUUAUCCGGAAUUGGUCCGGCAUCAUCGCCCCACGAGAGACGACUUGGAGGCAUUUGAAACUGUCUACAAUGCUGCUUGCCUGAGUAUUGCAAAGGGAGAAUUCGCCCAGGGCGAGAUGCUGCUGAAGCGCGCGAAAGAGCUGUGUCGGACGUCCGAAGACCUUACACCAGAAGACAGGGCGGCUGAGCUCCUUCCGAUUGCCGUGCAGCAGCUUUAUGUGCUACUCCGCCAGGGCAAGUCAGAAGAGGCUGAAUCGAUUCUCGCAGAAAUCUCCGUCAAUGACAUUCCCGAGCUCUCCACCAGAAAAAUUGCCCAGAGCAAUAUCACUCUCCUCCGGAACACCUCGUCAAACCCUUACCUGCUCUAUAAGGAGCUGAAUGCGACUCCCGACUCGACUAACAACGACCGGCUCUUCGACUUCCAGAACAAUGUCAUGUCGGGCAAUAUCCACUCGGCCGACCUCCUUGUUCAAAAGUACGAUGGUAUCAUCCGCUCCACGUCUAAAGCUCUUUCGCAAGCAUCCUGUCCCUCCACCGAGCCCAGCGUCAACCUCAUGUCCGUCUACAAUGCGGCUGCUCAUGCCCAGGGACAGACGGGCGCUAAGGCUUUGAAGGCCAUCCUCCCCGUGCUCGAAAGACGGCCGAAGGAUAUUGGGUUGGUUCUCACCGCAGUCCAACUGUACGUCAGCACAGGGAACACCACGUCCGCAAUCACGACACUGGAACGAUCCCUUCAUCUCCUGGAAGAGUCCAUUUCCGAGCAGGACAAGGAAGUUCGGUUUAACCCGGGCAUUCUCAGCAUCCUGGUGUCUUUGUAUAAGCUGGAAGGCCGCAAGCUCCAGAUCCGCGGCGAACUUUCCAAGGCGGCGGCUUACUGGCGUGAGCGGGCUGAGGCACCUGCCUCUCUCCUCCGCGCAGCGGCCGCAUCCCUACUACACUCUUCCGAUCGGGAAGAUUUGAUUACGUCUGGGGAUCUGUUCAAGUCCCUCUACCAGAAAGACUCGUCCGACCGUUUCGCGAUCGCCGGCUACGUCGCGUCCCAAGCGCCCCUGGACUAUUCCAAGGUCGAAGCCCACGUGGACUCGCUUCCAUCAAUCGAUGACUUGGUCGGUGACAUCGAUGUAGCUGCGCUGGAAUCUGCUGGGAUCGCCCCUUCAUCAUCUGCGACCGCUGCGGCUGCGGCCGCCAUUGCAGGUGCGCGCAAGAGAAGUUCCAACCAGAAGGACGGACACGCAGCCAAGCGUGUACGCAAGUCCCGUCUUCCGAAAGACUACGACCCCAACAAGAAGCCGGACCCCGAGCGCUGGCUGCCUCUGCGCGACCGCUCCACCUACCGCCCCAAGGGACGCAAGGGUAAGCAACGUGCUGCGGAUCGCACGCAGGGUGGUAUCGUCAACGAGAAGGCCGAAGAGUCCACGUCGGCUGCGCCGCAACAGCAGAAGCAGGGUGGAGGGGCUAGUUCCAAGAAGAAGAAGAAGGGCAAGCGGUAG